GGGAGAGGAAGUGACGCGGCCUCGGAGGUUCCCACCCUCUCCCGCCUCCGGAGGAGGAGAAGGAGGAGGAAGACGGAGAAGGAGACGGAGAGGCGCCUCCGGGGAUCCCGGGGGUCCCAGCAGCCCGCCAUGGCGACGCCGGCCAACGUGCAGAGUGCCAGCAAGACCUGGGAGCUCAGCCUGUACGAACUUCACCGGACGCCCCAGGAGGCCGUGAUGGACGGGACGGAGAUUGCCGUCUCCCCGCGAAGCCUCCACAGCGAGCUGAUGUGCCCCAUCUGCCUGGACAUGCUCAAGCACACCAUGACCACCAAGGAGUGCCUGCACCGGUUCUGCUCCGACUGCAUCGUGACGGCCCUGCGGAGCGGGAACAAGGAGUGCCCGACCUGCCGCAAGAAGCUGGUCUCCAAGCGCUCCCUGCGCCCCGACCCGAACUUUGACGCCCUCAUCUCCAAGAUCUACCCCAGCCGGGAUGAGUAUGAGGCGCACCAAGACCGCGUCCUGGCCAAGCUCAACCGCCUGCACAACCAGCAGGCCCUGCGCAGCAGCAUGGAGGAGGGGCUCAAGAUGCAGGCCAUGAACAGGGGGCAGCGUGCCCGGAAGCACCCCCAAGAGUCGGACAACACCACCUUCAGCGGGGCGGAGGACAACUGCGACAGCCGCUCCCACCUCAGCAACGCCUCGGCCCCCAGCCAGAUCGAGGCCGGGCCAAGCUGCAAGCGCUCACGGGCCUCGGACGAGUCGUGCGCCGAGCCAGAGACCUCGCACGAGGGGGGCCGCCGGAGCCCCGAGCCCGGCAGCAGCGAGAUCGAGCUGGUCUUCCAGCCUCACCCUGUCCUGGUGGAGAAGGGAGCCUAUGCGCAGACCAGGUACGUCAAGACCACGGCCAACGCCACGGUGGACCACCUCUCCAAAUACCUGGCCCUGCGCAUCGCUCUGGAAGAGGCUCCGGGGGCCGGGUCAGAAGCCCCCGCCCUGGAGGACGUCAGCGAGAAGCAGUACACCAUCUACAUCACCACGGCCGGGGGGGCCUUCACGACCCUGAACGGAUCCGUCACUUUGGAGCUGGUGAACGAGAAGUACUGGAAACUGAGCAAGCCCCUUGAGCUGUACUAUGCCCCCACCAAGGAGCAGAAAUGAGGGCCGAGACCCCCCCACAAGACUGUUGGGCUAACAGCAAAAGAGGGGGGCACCGGCAUGGCCCCCCGCCACGGGGACUCAGACAAGGAAGACGAGGAGGAGGAGGAAGGAGAUGAAAGCGCUUUGCAAGGGGUGGGGGGGUGCCGAAAUGGCUGAAACUGCUCCCCCCCCACUCCACCGCUUCCGGCACACUUAGCCCCCCCACCCAGAAAAGACUGAUGCCCCCCCCCCAAGAAGGCUGGGGGUGGGUGAGUGCGAUGGCAUCCCAGCCCUGUUUUGGCUUCUUCAAAGGACGGGUGCCCCCGCCCUGAGCAGGGAUGAUGGGGGGGGCGCCUUGCAAUGUUGGGGGGCAAGAUGGGGUGCUGCUGCUGCUGCUGCUUGGACCAGAUGUUUCUCUCUGGCCUUUUUACAGCUGUUAUCUCUCCCCCCCCUUUUGUGGAAUUUAAUUCAUCAAGGAGUUUUUUAGCCUCUUUGAAAGA